GCGCCGUCGCUAUAGCAACAGGCUGCGAGCAUGAAGACAGGCCAGCUCAGAGCGAGCCACGAGCACCUGAAGGAGGACGGGGAGGGAGUCUAAAGCUUCGGCAGCAGACCGUCGUCUUUGCCCCAGUAGAUAUGUGGGUGCUCAGAGCCGCAGCCACCACGCUGGCGCUCAGCUGCUGUGUCCUCCACGGUAUCAUCUCCCCGCCCUGCACAGGUCAAGAAACUGACUGCAGCUGCAACAUCGCCAACAGCCACUGUGAUGAGUUCAGAGUCUGCAGGUGUGACCCUGGCUGGGACGGGGAACUGUGCGACCGCUGCAUGCCGAUGCCCGGCUGCGUGCACGGUUCCUGCGAGCAGCCGUGGCAGUGCACCUGUGAGCCGGGGUGGGGAGGGCGCUUCUGCGACAAAGACCUGAACGUGUGCUCGCAGCAGCAGCCGUGUCAGAACGGAGCCACCUGUGUGAUGCAGGACAGCGGCGACUUCACCUGUCUGUGCCCUCAAGGUUUCCACGGCAACAACUGCCAGCAGAGGACCGGCCCGUGUCACCAGAGGAGGUCUCCGUGUAAAAAUGGCGGUCUCUGUGAGGACGCUGACGGUUUUGCGCCAGAGCUGACGUGUCGCUGCCUGGCCGGAUUCACGGGGCCACGCUGUGAGACUGACAUUGAUGACUGUCUGAUGAAGCCGUGUGCCAAUGGCGCCACCUGUGUGGAUGGUGUCAACCGCUUCUUGUGCGUCUGCCCUGUGGGAUUCAGCGGGCGCUUCUGCACCGUCAACCUGGACGACUGCGCCAGUCAGCCGUGCCUGAACGGGGGCCGCUGCCUUGACCGCGCCGGCGGCUUCCACUGCAUCUGCCAGCCUGGCUUCACUGGAGAUGUCUGUGAGAUGCCAACAAGCAGCGAUGCCGGCAAACCCGGCUGGACAACGGUUGGGUGGGAGGGAGGAGGACUUAGAGGGAGGAACCAGAGAAUCACGACUAGCAGCGGCGACGGUAGGAACAGCAGCCGUCACGGUGACAGACUGCUGAAAGUGACUGUGAGUGAGCGCAGUGGUGCCGGCCUGUCAGACGUUCAGCUCAUCAUCGUGCUGGUGCUGGCAGGGGUGACGCUCACCAUGGUGGUGCUGACCACCGCCCUUGUUCUGCAGGGUCACUGCAGGAACUGUGGACACACCUAUUGCUGGUCCUCUGUGACAUCAUCAUCGUCUUCACAGAGAGGACAGAAAAGCCGCCAGCGAGCACGGCCGGACGAGGAGGAGAGACAAAUCAGUUUUCUGAGUGCAGCAGAACCAGAAAAGAAGAAACUCAACACGGAGGUUAUUUAGACUGACCGGAGGGGGCGGGGACACAGCUCCACCUGCCUCAGGUUCAGCUCCCAGCGAGCACCUGAACUGUGACAUCAUCCAUGUUGUCACAGGACGACUGAAUGGAUAGUUUAAACCCCACCUACAUUACCCAGGGUGCACCUCUGCAGUCAGCUCAGAGGGGCUUGUCCCACCUGCACUGAGCGUGUGGAGGCUUUUAUUUUGAAAAUGUCAUUAGAAACUGAAGCUUUAUUUUAUAAAUCAAUAAUUUAUCAACCCAUUUCUUAUAAUCACUUGGAAAAUAAAAUCGUGUUAACUGUGAGUAGAUUGACCUUUAAAAGAAUCUGACUGACAUCAUCAGCCCACACUCGGCCACGCCGAGCGACGCAAAACAAAAGUCCAGAAUUUAAACGUGGAUGAAAAUCAGACGGAGUUCUGACGGAGGUUUCCAGAAGUUUUCAGAUGGAGAUCUGUGCUGCUUGGCUCCGCCUUUUUAUUCUCAGACUGAGCAGCUUUGCAUGAUUCACAGUUCAGAUUAAUCCUCCUGUUUUAGCUUUCUUUGAUUGGCCAGCUUUCAGAAAGCUGCAGCUUUCUGCACAACAUAAACCGUUAAAUGAAAGUUUGGCGUCGCCGUGGGUUACUGAGUGAAGCCUGAUGGGACGUGACCACAGUGAAAUCUACUCACAUCAAAGUGAAGUGCGAAUAUGUCACAACUGUAUUUGUAUAUAACGUGUUUAUUUAUUGUAUGGUGUACAUGCAUGUGUGCUCCGCCCACACACACCGCUGUCAGACCUCAUCACGUUACAGGGACACAAACGCAGACUGAAACUUCUGAUGUCACUGAACAGAUCCUCACGCAGACAUUAAAGCUGUUUCUGAACUUUACCACACGCCUCCUGGGAUCUUUCAUGUCUGAAUACUUGAUGCAGCAGUCUGAAUCUCCACCAGGAGGCGUCUGAGCCUGCAGGAGUCCUGAUCCAGGAUCCCCGAGUCAGUCUGGAUCACAUGCAGGACUGAACCGUUGACCUGCAGGUAGGAGUCAGCGGCCUGGAUCUGUAGCCACUGACGUGUCUUCAGGUUUAACGCUGUCUUUUCAAGCUCUUCUUACGCAGUCAUGUUGCCAUGGUAACACAGGAAGGUCAUUACAAUGAAGUAAAAUUGAAAACCGGGCAUGGUAAAAACCAUUAUUGAAAAAGUAGAAAAAAGGAAAAACUCUUACAUCCAUCCAUUACUUUCCACAGCCCUUCGCUACCUGCAAUAGGCUCCACCUCUGUGAAGCCUAUUGCAGGUAGCGAAGGGCAGGAGGCGGGUACGGGUUAAUGCAGAGAGACAGAGAACCGUUCACAUUUAUGUCCAAUUUAGAAUCACAGUUAAAAUAAGCCCACUAGCUGCAUGUGUUUGGGAGGAGGAGCCCCCACCUACUCCACACAGAAAGCAGAGAUGGUGGAGUUGAGGCCUUCUUGCUGUGAGGCAACAGUGCUAACCACCACGCCACCCUGCGGCCCUAACCUCUGUAAUGACAGUUGUCACGUCCUGUUGCUGCGUGCUGCUGCUGCUCUAUGGCGUCUGCAGGUCUGAGCGAACCUUCACAAAGUGUUUGAGCGUCUUUAUCCUUCGACCGAUAAAACUGAGACCAGCUGGAGACCAGACGAAGAUAAAAACUCAGCGUGACCUCCUGCAGAACCACACCAUACUAUCACACAUUACAGUUGUCACAUUUAUUAAACGAUCAUGUGAACAC